AUGGAUUUGGACCAGUGGAUAUCAAAGGUGAAAGAGGGUCAGCACUUAUCCGAAGACGAGCUUCAGCUCCUCUGCGAAUGUGUAAAAGAUAUUUUGAUUGAGGAGUCAAAUGUGCAGCCUGUGAAUAGUCCAGUUACAGUUUGUGGGGACAUCCAUGGACAGUUUCACGAUUUGAUGAAACUUUUCCAGACAGGAGGUCAUGUACCAGAGACAAAUUAUAUAUUUAUGGGAGAUUUUGUUGAUCGUGGUUAUAACAGUCUAGAAGUUUUCACAACUCUUUUACUUCUCAAAGCAAGAUACCCUGCUAAUAUUACUCUUCUACGUGGAAAUCAUGAAAGCAGGCAGCUAACUCAGGUCUAUGGAUUCUAUGAUGAAUGCCAAAGGAAGUACGGAAAUGCUAAUGCUUGGCGUUAUUGCACAGAUGUUUUUGACUAUCUAACUCUGUCAGCAAUCAUAGAUGGAACUGUACUUUGUGUCCAUGGUGGCUUAUCACCAGAUGUUAGAACUAUUGACCAGAUUCGGGUCAUUGAACGAAAUAGUGAAAUCCCCCAUGAAGGGCCCUUCUGUGACCUAAUGUGGAGUGAUCCUGAAGAUAUUGAAACAUGGGCUGUCAGUCCUCGAGGAGCAGGCUGGCUUUUUGGAUCCAGGGUUACUUCUGAGUUCAACCACAUCAACAAACUCGACUUAGUUUGUCGGGCCCACCAACUUGUCCAAGAAGGUCUAAAGUACAUGUUUCAGGAUAAAGGACUUGUAACUGUGUGGUCUGCACCCAAUUAUUGUUACCGAUGUGGAAAUGUUGCCUCAAUACUAAGCUUCAAUGAUAAUAUGGAAAGAGAGGUGAAGUUUUUCACGGAGACCGAGGAAAACAACCAGAUGCGCGGACCCAGGACCGGCGUGCCUUAUUUUUUAUGA